CGGAGAGUCGUCCACCUGCUCCCGGGCAGUGCGGAGCGGUUCUUUGGGGCUGAGGGCUUGAGGUUGUCCGCUGUUGUUGUCGCAACAGUUUCCCUGACUACCAGGGCGCGUGGGACACAAUCGAAUAAGCAGCACCCUGACCCUAAUACAAAAAACCUGCUGAUGGCAGAUCGUCUGCCAUGAGGAUGCACUAAGCAUCCGAUUGGCUAAUUAAAUAGGAGUUCUCCCCGCCCCGCUGUUCCCAGUGCUAAACGCAUGUCGCGGAUCAGGACCACACUGGACAGCGUCACCAAGGCUGUCGGCGGCACUGACCUCAUCUCCAAGUUCUCCCGCCUGAAGCCCGGGAGUCCCGCGGAAAAGGUUCCGGUCAAAGCCGAGGCCUCUAACGGCGAAGCGGCGGCCUCGCAGCCUGAAACCCCCGCGAAGGAAGGAGAAAAGGAAGAAGGCCACGACAGGAUCGCGGCAGAGGAAGACCCGGGCAGGCGAUGCCGGCUAAGUCCUUCCGUCGCCGCGAAGAAGUCCACGUCCGUCCCACCCUUGGCGGAGAAUGCGACCGUGGCCAAGCAGCCCGUGCAGCCGUUUCACCCGGCAGCUCUGUCCAACGCCAUGGAUGACACCUACAAAACUCUAGCCGAGCACAUCAACAGUUACUUUGGCACCGGCACACAAGAGGAAGAAGGAGACGACGGGCCGCCACAACAGCGCCAACACACAAAAGUUGGGGACCCAGUUUCCGGGCCCACUCUCGUUGCCGCCGCUCGGACAACUCGGGACCACGCUGUGGUUUCGUCCUCAGUGGCAGGGGCCAAAAGUAUUGAAGCGGCCGCUGCCCCUCUUCCCCCUCCCUCUUCAACUCCAACGGAAGAGCUCGGUUCCCCGGCCAGGACGACCUCCUCUGAAACCCCGGCGGCGCCGCCCGUCCCCGUGCCCGCUGCCGCCUCCAAAAAGGGCUUCACCCGCUACCUCUCCUACCCCCGGCCCAGCGUUCAGGCGUUUGUCGGCAGCUACAUCACGCCCCUGGUCCCCAAAUUCCGAGGGGACUCCAGAAGCAUCGCGGCCGAAAGAGACAAGCCUCCAGCGGCGGCUAUGGAGGAGCCCGCCGCGGAGAAGAAGAAGAAGAAGAAGGCGGACAGCGACGGGAAGGCGGCGGACGAAGUGAAGCGGCAGCUGUUGAUUCAAAGAGAGAAGAUAACAGCCAGGGUGAGCGUAGACAACAGGACCAGGGCGCUGGUGAGAGGCCUGCAGAGAGUCACCGACGUCAAGCUCCUCACCAGUCGAGUGGAGGAGCUCAGCUUUCACCUGCUAGAGUUCUCGGAGACGCGAGGUGUAGCCAUCAAGGAGGGUGUGUUGCCCUGCCUGCUGCGAUUGCGCCAAGCCAGAGACCUUCCUCUCCAGGCCGCUGUGAGAGAGGCACUGGCCCUGGUGGGCUACGCUGAACCAGUCAAAGGCAGAGGGAUCCGGGUCCUGGCUAUAGACGGCGGCGGAACAAGGGGACUGCUGGCCCUGCAAACUCUGCAUCAACUGCAGAACCUGACGGGCAAACGGAUCCACCAGCUGUUUGACUACAUCUGUGGUGUCAGCACAGGAGCUAUUCUGGCCUUCAUGCUGGGCAUUUUUCAGAUCCCCUUAGAGGAGUGCGAGGAGAUGUACAGGAAGCUGGGCUCGGAUGUCUUCAAACAGAACGUCAUCGUGGGGACCGUUAAGAUGGGCUGGAGCCACGCGUUCUACGACAGCGAGAUAUGGGAAAACAUCCUCAAGGAACGGAUGGGUGAGGGGCGUAUGAUUGAGAGUGCCAGGGACCCGCACUGCCCUAAAGUGUCAGCAGUGAGCACUGUUGUGAACAGGGGCUUACCGCUCAAGGCCUACACGUUUAGGAACUACAGACUCAUGCCGGGAGUGAGAUCCCACUACCUCGGUGACUGCAACCACAAAAUGUGGCAGGCGAUCAGGGCCUCGUCUGCCGCUCCGGGCUACUUCAAGGAGUUUGUCCUGGGAAAAGACCUGCAUCAGGACGGAGGACUGCUAAUCAACAACCCCACGGCUUUGGCCAUCCACGAGUGCAAGUGUCUGUGGCCCAACACGCCGCUGCAGUGCGUGCUGUCCCUGGGGACAGGGCGCUACGAGACGGCGUACGACAACAGCACGACCUACACGAGCCUCAAGACCAAGCUCAGCCACGUCAUCAGCAGUGCCACCGACACCGAGGAGGUGCACACCAUGCUGGACGCGCUGCUGCCCCCCGACACGUACUUCCGCUUCAACCCGUACCUGAGCGAGGACAUCCCGCUGAACGAGAGCCGCGGGGAGAAGCUGAACUUCCUCAAGGGCGAGGGCGAGCGCUACCUGGAGCGCAACGACGCCAAGCUGAGGAAGGCGGCCGGCGUGCUGGGCCAGGAGAAGAGCGCCAUCCAGAGGCUGGCCGAGUGGGCCAAGCUCAAGGCCAACAUGUACGAGGGGCUCCCCUUCGUCUCAAAGCUGUAGCCGUCGGCACGGCGGGAGUUUCCGAAGGUAGGAAGACGUGGAGCGGGACUGCUUCGGCGACAUGAAAGACAAAAAGGGGCAAACUGGACACAUUGUUUGUGCAGGAAGUGAGUUAAUUCAUUAGGCAAGAUGAUAGUAUGCCGUAAAUAAUAGUGUGAAAUGAAAUAUCGUUUUGGGACAGAAUGUGUCUGAGAGGGAGAUGGAAUCAAUUAAGCACGAUUUGAAAGUAGAAUAUUUAUGAAUUUUAGGCUGUUUAAGUGUCGAUUGACUAAACGCACAAUGAUCUAAUGGGACACAAGAAUAAUGAAUAUAACUUUUAUUUUGUAAAAUAGACAGAAACUUUAAUACGUUAAGUAUUAAAUACAUGAUUGCACAUAAAACAUUUGACUAUUUAUAACACUCUGGAGAGGAAUGACAUCAUGCACUUUGUAGAAAUCUCAACCAUGAAAAUGAAACUAGUAUUUGAAGCAAUUGUCAAAUAUUUGAGCGCUCUUCAUGCUAGAAUUUAAGAAUACAACAGAAGUAAUGCUGCCGACUCUUAAUAUCACUGUGCUGUAUUGACACAUACUGACAUGGAAAUCUGUUUCUAAUUCUCAUGAUAAUGUUUCGUAAUGCAAUCACUUUUUCUCCGUGAUCCGUGAUACAAAGCAUGCUCUCCGUUGUUUCCCAUUAUUCUGUACGAUGCUUUUGCUUUUUAACCGAGCUGAAGCCUGAAUUCUGGCUCUCGGCGUCACACACUUUUUACAUUGUGAGAAUGCUAGAUGCCCCGAUGCCUCCCUUCUUUAUUGCUUGGUGGGGGAAAAAUAGAACUAAAAUAAAACUUGGGUUUUCAAAACCUUGUUACUC